UAAAUUGUAAUUUUUUGUAGAAAAUUUGAGAAUAAUUGCAAAAUUUCUGGGGGUUUUUUGGUAGUUUUUGUAUUCCUCAUUUUAAUUUUUUUUUUCUAAAUGCAGUUGUUAAUAGUUUUGCUGGAGGUGGAGGAAACUGAGAGGAUGAAGACCGCAGUUUUGUCUGAAGCAGAAGAAAUAAGAUUAAUGGAAAAAACUCAGAGGAAAGUGGAGCACAUCUACUCUCAGCUGCAGCAACACAACGCUCCAGAUUCAGGAGACGAGUUUCUUCCUUUCUUGAGUGUCUCGAAGGGCCAAAAGCUUCUCGCUCGUCUGCUGCCCUUCCUGAAGAACGAUUCAGCGCUGAAGAUCUUGCACAUCGUCACCUCCAACCUUCCUACGCUGAUAAGCAGAGACACCGAGGAGGACCUUCCAGUUCUUUACCCGUCACUCCGAAAUGUGAUCGGCGUUCUGACGUUCAGUCAGCUCAUCAACGUUCUCAAAGACCUGACGUCUUCAGAGUCUCUGUCGACCUUCGAGUGCCUCUCCCUGACCUGUCAGAACAAGUUUGGACUCAGCUUGCUGUACGCUCUUCUUUCCCACGGAGAGAAACUUCUUUCUUCAGGCGUUCCUCUUGAGCCCAGCAUUGGCGACUUUGAGACCUGGACUGACAUGAUUUUCCAGGUAGCGGGACAGCUGUCCCAGUGUUCGCUGGUGGAGCCGCUCCUCCUCCCAUCAAACCUGCUGACGCUCUUUUGCAGAUACCUCGACAAGCGUACUGUGCAUCAACUAAAAAGCAACUGGGAGUCUGCAACCAGCUGCCUGGUUCUACCAUCUUAAGGAAACUGGCUAAAGAGAUGCCAAGUUAAACUCCAGGUUUGUUGGACCCGAAAUGGAGGAAGCAGAGUCUUCAGUACCAAGUAUAACAGAAGUUGUGUAAUAGAUUUGUUUUUUGUUUAUAAUCCUCACCCUCACUUAAUCACAUUUUGCAUCUUAAACUGUUUCCCUUUUUUAUUUCCUUUGUUUGCUUUUCCUCCCUUUAGCCUCCACAAAGCAGCUUAAACCCAUUUCUUUUAACGUUUCUAACAUUAUCAGAACGAUCAAUUUAAGAUGAGUUUCAUAAUUUAUAAUACUGGAACUAUGUUAAUUAUAUUGACCAUAUAUACAUAUGGCCCACAUUAGGUAAUGCAGUUUUGUAAAAUUGUAAAAAAUGUGUUGUGUAUGCAUGUGUAAUGCUAAAUGGGAUUUGUUUGACACAAUUUUCAAUCUUAAGUUUCAUCUGUAAAAAAUGUAUUUUAUUUAUUGUAUUAAUUUGGAAACUGAAACGAUUUAAAUUUCACACCU